AAAAGUAAAUAACUUAUCAGGUUGAGAAAUGGUCCUGGGAUAGAUAUGGCAGAAAUUGGAAAGAGUACUUUGUGCUGUACUUUGUGUACUUUGUGCUGUAUUUGGUGUACUUUGCUGUCCUGUUCCUGCCAUAGCUCGGAAAGGAUAACGACGAGACGAGAGCAACCCCUCCGGCGACUCGAUCACUCAAAUCCGCCUUCUGCCGCCGUGGAAAGAACUUUUUUCAAUCGGAUACCAAAUGCUGGAAGCCACUUCGCUACUGCUCACGCCAAAAUGGCAGCCACUUGUUUCCCUCCAACUCCAAUCCUCCACCGUUUACUUGGGCAAAACCAAGUGCUCGUUUCCUUCGUCUGUCACUUGCGCAGUUCCCCGCAACAAUUUCAAAAUCGCUGCUUCGAAGCAGCAGCAGCAGCAGACUCCUGAGUUCGAGCCUCGGAGCAUUGAUUGUGUAGAUGACGAGAAUCAGCGUGAAGGGGGUGAUUUUGGGUGGUUACCCGUAGUUCCACAUGUAUUGAUAGCAUCCAUGUCCAAUUUUCUUUUUGGUUAUCAUAUUGGGGUAAUGAAUGGACCUAUUGUUUCUAUCGCCAAAGAGCUUGGUUUUGAAGGGAAUUCAUUUCUUGAGGGGCUCGUUGUUAGCAUAUUUAUAGGUGGAGCAUUCAUUGGAAGCAUGAGCUGUGGUUUUCUUGUUGAUAAACUUGGUUGCCGCCGUACAUUUCAGAUUGACACUAUUCCACUUAUUCUUGGGUCAAUUAUAAGUGCUCAAGCACAUUCCUUGGAUGAAAUACUGUAUGGAAGAUUCUUAGUGGGCCUUGGUAUUGGAGUGAACACGGUUCUUGUUCCUAUUUAUGUUUCAGAGGUUGCUCCAACAAAAUAUAGGGGUUUCUUUGGGACCUUUUCUCAGAUUGGCACAUGCUUGGGAAUUAUCGUGUCGCUUUCUUUAGCAAUAUCUUCAGAAAAUGAUCCCCAUUGGUGGAGGACAAUGCUGUAUAUAGCAAGCACUCCAGGGUUUGUUAUUGCUCUCGGCAUGCAGUUUGCAGUUGACAGCCCUCGCUGGCUUUGCAAAGCAGGAAGAAUUGAUGAUGCUAAAGAAGUCAUAAGCAACCUGUGGGGGACAUCUGAAGUUGACACAGCUGUUGAAGAAUUCCAGUCUGUUAUCAGAAAUGACGGUGCUGAUUUAGAUAGCAGUUGGCUGGAACUCCUGGAGGAACCUCAUUCUAGAGUUGCAUUAAUCGGCGGAGCUCUAUUCGUAUUACAGCAGUUUGCUGGUAUAAAUGGCGUUCUCUACUUUUCAUCCUUAACUUUUAAAGAUGUUGGGAUCAGCAGUAGUGCUUUAGCAAGCUUAUUUGUUGGAUUCACCAACCUUGCAGGGGCGCUUUGUGCGUCAUACUUGAUGGACAAACAAGGGAGACAGGUGCUUUUGAUUGGAAGUUACCUGGGAAUGGCUGUGGCUAUGAUUGUUAUAGCUAGUGCUAUUAGCUUUAAUAUCGACUCGGAUAUCAGCAGCGGUUUAUCAAUAUUGGGCACUACUAUGUACAUAUUCUCAUUUGCUAUUGGAGCUGGACCAGUUACAGGGCUUGUAAUACCCGAGCUUAGCAGCAGUAGAACACGAGGGAAAAUCAUGGCCUUCAGUUUCUGUGUUCAUUGGGUGUUCAACUUCUUGGUGGGGCUGUAUUUCCUGGAGCUAGUAGAGAAAUUCGGCGUGGCUCCAGUUUACGCCGGAUUUGGCGGCGUGUCCCUCUUAGCAGCCGUGUUCGCAUACUUUUUUGUAGUGGAGACAAAAGGGAGGUCUCUUGAAGAAAUUGAGAUGUCACUCAAUGCCAAUUACCAGAGAAGGAAAGAAUGACUAGUGUGAUCUUUAGCAGCAGAAAUAUAUGCAUCAAACAAUACUCAGAAAACUAUAAUCCUUUCAUACAAUUCAUUCACUGUGUGUUGUUUUGUGCUGGCAGUUUUUGUGGCAGAUCAUUUUGCUUCCCAAAUUCAUUUUAGGCAGUACUUGUAGAGGAGAAAUGUUCUUCUGGUUUUGAACAAUUUGGUGGUUUGCCUAGUGUAACUUAUCUUGUCGAACCUAAUUUGCAAAAUAACUUUCGAAUAAUGCGGAUUUUUAUGUCAUAAAAAAAAAAA